AUGGGUAUUGCAGUGGGAGCAUCGACUCUCAAUACGGAUGCAGCCCAGGCUGAGAAGCCUGAGCUGGAGAAGGUUGACUGGUGGCAUGAGCCUGGUUUGCGCAAGCUUUAUUUCUGGGCUGCUGUUCUUUGCGUUGCGUCUGCAACCACUGGUUAUGAUGGAAUGAUGCUGAAUACCUCCCAAAAUCUCGAUGCUUGGCAAACAUAUUUCAAUACACCCACUGGGUCAGAAUUGGGAUUAAUGAAUGCCAUUUAUCAGAUUGGAAGUCUUGUCAGUUUCCCAUUUGUUCCUUUCUUGGCCGAUCGGUGGGGACGUAAACUUCCCAUCUUUAUCGGUUGCUUGCUCAUGAUUCUGGGUGGGCUCUUGGGGGCCUUUUGCAAUGGGUAUGGCAUGUAUGUUGCCGGUCGACUUUUGCUAGGUAUUGGAAACAGUCUCGCCCAAAUGGCCUCCCCAAUUCUGUUGACCGAGAUCGCCCAUCCCCAACAUCGUGGAAAAGUUACCACUAUUUACAACUGUCUGUGGAAUUUGGGCGCAUUGGUUGUGGCUUGGCUAGCAUGGGGAACGAUGCAGAUAAAGUCAAAUUGGUCAUGGCGCAGCUUGACCCUUUUGCAGAUCUUCCCAGCAGUCAUCCAGAUUGUCUUCAUCUACUGGGUUCCCGAAUCUCCGCGAUGGCUCGUUUCCAAAGAGCGUUACGAGGAGGCACUCAGCACGCUCGCUUACUACCAUGGCAACGGCGAUCAAAACAAUACCACCGUCCAGUUCGAAUACCGUGAAAUCAAAGAAACCAUUAGCAUGGAAAUGCAAUAUAGCAAGAACAGCAGCUAUCUUGAUUUCAUGAAGACGAAGGGCAACCGCUAUCGUCUCGCGAUACUCAUUUCACUUGGCAUCAUUUCUCAAUACUCUGGCAAUGCACUGUUCAGCAACUACAUGAGCUUGAUUUACAACAGCAUGGGUAUCACUGAUCAGAACAAGAAGAUCCCGCUAAACGGCGGGCAAACAUUGCUCAGUCUGGUUGUCAGUUUAUCAAGUGCAUUUUUCGUUGAUCGAUUCGGAAGACGUCUUCUCUUUUUGAUUUCUACGGUUGGCAUGGUUCUCAUGUUCCUUGCAUGGACAAUCGUUUCUUCGGUUUAUGAAAAGACUCAGGAUGUCAAAAGCGCCGGCUAUCCUCAGGUGGUUUUUGUUUGGCUCUUCAGCGUAUUCUACGCUAUUGCUUGGUCGGGUCUUCUGGUUGCCUACGCCCUUGAGAUCCUCCCUUAUCGUCUGCGUGCCAAGGGAAUCAUGAUCAUGAAUCUCACUGUCCAGGCAUCUUUGGUUCUUGGAAAUUACACGAACCCGAUCGCAUGGGAGAACUUACCGCAUCACUGGAACCUUUCGCUCAUCUACACUAUUUGGAUUUUCAUUGAGCUCCUGUUCGUUUAUUUCUUCUACGUCGAGACUCGUGGUCCCACUCUGGAGGAACUAGCCAAGAUCUUUGAUGGCGAGGAUGCAGCCGUGGCACACGUUGAUCUCCAGCAAGUUGAAAAGGAGAUACACAUUACCGAGAAAGAGACGACCAGUUAUCGGGAACGCGUCUAA